AUGAUAGACCAUGUAUUGGGGAGGCCGUCCGUCAAGUCACGGAGGUUUCAGGUCCUCGCCGUGCUGGCAUUCUGGUCCGUCUAUAUAUUCAAAGGCGAUCGCCAUGGACCUCCAAUCAUCCGCCUGUUCUCGAAAUUGUCGUCCAAAAAGCUCACAGCGUGGCAGACGGUGCUCUUCACCAUGAUGUACCUGUAUGCAGCAAGGAACUUUAGCACCCUGGUCGGACUGGCGAGCCCCGAGCCCAUGUCGAACAUGUACGACAAGAAAUAUUUCCGUGCGACUUGGGUACUGACAGCCCUCGACGCCGGAUAUUGGACUGCCAUGAAGAUCAAGUACAAGUGGCUCCGGGACAUUGCAAGUCUAGUCUUCUCGGUAUUCUACAUGGUGGCUGCGGAACAGGCCGACGAAAAGGUUCGCAAGGUCAGAGGUAUGCUGACGGUGGAACACUUGCGUGUGAGCUGGAAUAAGGGCACGACGCCAUAUUUGCAGUUUCUUCAAGGCCUCGUGCGGCCGCGAUUCACCCGGUGGCCCCCAAGGGCUAUACGAAUCCCGCGGCCAAGUUCCAGCGAUUACAAUGAGGUUGUGUCGGGAUGGCUGUACUAUGAUGGGCCUAUUGCCGAUCUCGAGCAUAUCAACAAGAUGAUACUCGACAUCCCAGGCGGUGGUUUUGUGGCCAUGGAUCCUAGAUGCAACGACGACAAGCUGUUUGCAUGGUCAGGCAAAACCGGACUGCCAGUCCUCAGUCUGGACUACAAGAAAGCACCCGAGUUUCCAUACCCCUAUGCUCUCAACGAGUGUUUCGAUGUCUACACCAGUAUCGUCAAGAGCAAAGGCCGCUGUAUCGGCAUGUCUGGCAGACGGGUUCCCAAAAUUGUGCUCACAGGUGAUAGCGCCGGUGGCAAUCUGGCAACAGCCCUCACGCUCAUGAUAAUCGAGCAUAACAUGAGUCACAAACGAUCUGGAUCAGUCGAACUGCCCAUACCUGAUGGUUUGGUUCUCUUGUAUCCAGGGCUCGAUAUGAAUAUUGGCAAUUGGAUGUCUGACGAACAAAUGGCAUUGGUCAAGGAUCGCCGGAUGCGCGGGACAAACAAGAACUACCUUCGAAGGAAGAGCAGGCAGUAUACUGACGUGGCCGGAACCCCUCAUGAAUCCGAAGAUGAGGGCGACACCCCCUCGAUGGAUACUGGAGCUGCGAAACCCGCAGAGAUUACUCGUGCGCCGACGGACGAGGCUUUGCGCAGCCCUCACCCGGAGUACUCUCAUGCUCACCCCCAAACAUGGCCGCAAUCGCCGGCCGUUUCGCCCAUCUCUCAGAGACGGAACAGCAGAUCCAACUCGCACAAGCCUCAGCCGCCAUUGCAGACACGACUUGCGAUGUCGUCCAUGAUAUCGUAUUUCAACGACCGCGUCCUAACGCCUGAGAUGAUGCGCGCCAUGAUUAUCCUCUAUGUUGGGCCUCACAAUCGUCCAGACUUUUCUCAGGACUAUUUGCUGUCGCCGAUUCUGGCUCCGGAUAUUCUGCUUCAGCAAUUUCCAAAGACGCAUUUUCUCACUGGCGAGAGGGAUCCUCUGGUAGAUGAUACUGUCAUCUUUGCUGGGCGGCUGCGCAAGGCCAAGCAGGCGUAUUUCUCGCAACGCACAUCUCAGCACUUGGGGGUUCUCGACGACAUCUCAGACUUUGACGAAAAAGAUGUCGCAGAGGUUGUGCUCAUUCCGGGCAUCAGCCACGGUUUCACCCAGUUUCCCACGCUGUACCCACCGGCAUGGAAGCUCAUCGAUCGCUGUGCCAUGUGGGCCGUGGACCUGCUGAACGCGGCAGAGAUGCGGGACAGGCGGGAAUACGAGCAGAGGGCGAACCGACACCACCGGCGGGUGGAGUCGAGCGGUGACGAGGACAGGCCGCUGGAGAUCAACAUGACCAGGGGAGCAGCAGCGCGCGGCGGGCGGACUAGCAGCGAUGAAAAGAUGGCCAAGGAGAUGCCACAGUCGGACACGGCGGAGGAAGCGCAAGAAUCCGACGGGCUGUCCCGGAGGAAGCGGGCAAACGGCCGCGCCCGUCUCAAUGGCAAGUCCAAGAGCAUCAUCAAGCUCAAGAGCACGGAUGAUCUGCUGGGUCGGCGGAUGCAAGGGUUGGCAGGCUCCCUCACGGGCGUGCGUGAUGAGGAUGAUUAA